AUGAUCUCGACGGCCCCAAUGACAAUGGCCUGCUCCUCCUACGAACCUGCGCACAACAUCGGCUCAUCCCGGCUAGCUUCCUCUUUCUGCCUCCUCAUGCGAGAGAAGGCCACCUGGGUACACCCUCGGUCGCGACAAUGGCACUUGCUGGACCAUGUCCUCGACCGGAGACAAGACCGGAGGGAUGUGCUGGUGACAAAGGCGAUCGCGGAUACCGACGGGUGAACAGACCAUCGUCCCGUCAUCUCCAAGAUGCGGAUUCGCCUACAGCCUCGCAGGAGACUUCAAGAUAAGCGACCACCAGGUAGGUUGAAUAUUGCUUUGUUGUCUUUGCCUACUCACCAUUUCCAUUUCAGCAGCGAGCUAGCCCAACGGCUAGACAACCUUCUAGUCGCUGCAGCCGCCUCCGCCGCUGGCGAGAACGCCUCCGUGGAGGUCCGAUGAUGUCAACUACGGGACACAGUCCAGUCGACGACAUUGGCCGUCCUCGGUCGUUCUCACCGCCAACACCAGGACUAGUUCGAUGACGACGCCGCCGCCAUCGGCAACCUGAUCACCGAGGCGAAAAAAGAGUUACCUUCUACCGUAGUCACCUUCUUGUGCAACAGCGGCUCCGCGAGAUAUAGGAUACCUGGACGGUUCGCAGGGCCGAGGAGAUCCAAGGUCCGCCGACCGCAAAGAAUGGAAGAACUUCUCCGGGAUCAAAUCUACUUACCGUUCGUCAAACAACGGUACAGCACAUCUUCUCAGCGCCGACGGCAGAAUCCUACUUACUGAGAAAACACUCAUCCUACAGCGAUGGGCCGGGUACUUCCGAGGUAUCCUCAACUGCCCCUCCACCAUCUCCGUCUCUGCCAUCGCCUGUCUGCCUCAAGUGGAGAUAAACGCCGACCGCGACCUCCCGCCCUCUCUUCACGAAACUACCAAGGCCGUGCAGCAGCCCUCAAGUGAAAAAGCACCCGGAUCGGUCGCCAUCCCUGCUGAGAUCUACAAGCGCGGUGAGUCUCAACUCAUGGAUCAUCUGACGGCGCUCUUUCAGGAGAUGUGGCGUCAAGGAGAAAUCCCGCAGGAUUUCUGGGACGCCAAAAUCAUCCACCCCAAUAAGCGGAAAAGAAGCCACCACUUAUGCGACAACCAUCAAAGCAUCCCCUUGCUGCACAUCACCGGGAAGAUCUUCGUUAGCAUUCUCCUCAACCGCCUGACCAACCACCUGAAACAAGGUCUUUUGCCGGAAAGCCAAUGCGGCUUCCGUCGUCAGCGUGGGACCACAGACAUGAUCUUCGCCAACCACCAACUGCAGGAGACGUCCCAGGAGAUGCGGAUCUGA